CAGACCGGGUUUCCGAGGCGGGGACUGCUGAGUUAGCUGCUCCUGUGUCAAAGCAGCGGCUCCGCGUAGCAGGAAACACACAAAAAUGGUCUGGUUCCACUGUAACCAGUGCUUCAAAAGAAGAGGAUCCACAUUUGCUGCGUCCAGCUGUGGCCACAUUUUCUGUGAAGCAUGCGUUAAAUCAAAUCCAUGCACUGUAUGUGGGGCCAGCUGCAGUUAUCUGGCUAUCAAUGAGGUUGAUGAAGCCGCAGGAAAAAAUGUUUUUCAACGACCCGGUGAAGCUCAUCCAAUCACGGCUAGAGCACAUGUGUCAGCAGAUGCAGAUGGAGAGAGUCAUAGCACACUUCAAGCACAAGUCUGCUGAAUUGGAAAGACGCCUUAAAGAAGUCACCGAGCAGAGUUACAGACAACUCUCAGACCUGCAAAGAGAGAAUGCUGACUUAAAAAAGCAGCUUUUAGAGGUGAAGAAAGAAACUAUGGAAUUGAAAAAGCCACUUUCACAAUGGAGGCUCUCUCCAGGACAAUUUCAAACUGAAGGAACUCAGAGGAUGUCCCUCCCUGUGGCUGUCACCUCCCCAGUUAACCCUCGUUCAAGAGCAAUGAGUCAUAUAGGCUCAGCAGAGUCCCAGAGGUGGAACAUGCACAGAGGUCCUAGUCUCUCCCUCAAUACUCCUGGAUCAGCUGCUUCAGUUUCCAGCCAUAGUUCUCUUCAUGAAUACAGAACACCUACAUCAUUAAGCACACCUACCAGAACCCAGACUCCUGGUCUUUUACAAUUCAUAAGUGGAUUAUCAGUUCAGUCACCUAGGCACUGAUUAAAUGUCUAUUUACACCCCUGGACGUGUUCCUUAGCUGAGAUUUGUGCAUGAGGACUAUGAAAUUGUUGUGUGGUUUUGCCCUGAUAACAGAAAAGGCAUGUAUACAUUGUUUUACUUUUGAUGGAAGUUGAUAUUACCAUGUUGUUCUGUUAAGGAAUUAAACUGACAACUUAGUUGGAGUCAUCGUAAUCUUUCUGCAAGUACACUGCUGAUGCAUUCAUUUCACGUGGUUCACACUCACAUGACAAAACUUAACAGAGAUUAAAAAUAAAUAGUCAGAUAUAUUCAUGGCGUACAUUGAACAACGAAAAAAAAAACUUUGCACACACAGUUAUAAAGGUCAAUGCUUUACUGGUUUCCAGUGACACAAAUGUGCAAAUAAGAAGUUUUCCAACAAGGGGAAAAAAAAAAAAAGAGAACAUCAACUAAGGAGGACGCUACAUGUUAUGAACAUUUCCCCAAAGUAUGACACAUUAGCUUUUUCCUGACUAACAGGAUGACAAAACAAAGUGAUGCACACUGCUUCGUAACAUUUCCAGCCUUUGUCCAGGCAUUUCUAAGAAACUAAACUGACUCCGUUUAAAGCCCACUUCAUUCUUUGUAUGUCAACUAAAACAUUUUUCAUCUCUCAAACACAGCCAUGAAGAAAAUGACUAAUAAAUACAUAAACUGAUAAGACAAAUGGAUAAUGCUUGGGUUAUGAAUCAUAAUGUUAUCUGUAAAACAAAACUUCUUUGGAUUACACAGUACUGUUUUUGUCUAUAUUAUAAACCUGAAAGUUAACUAAGACAGAAGAGGAGGGGUGGAACCAAAGAAAAAAACCCCAAAACUGAAUCAAUGAGUGGGUUGGUGUUUGUAUGCCAUUGAUGCGUCUGCUGCUUCUUAGUACUGUUGACUGUUACUGUCACAAAGGUGCACUUGUAUGCAAGCUAUUUAUUUACUAAGAAUUACAGCAGAGACACUAAAAGGAUAUUGAGGAAUGUGUUUCAAAAUUAUGCUGUAGACAUUAAAAUUUAGCUGUAUUUUCUGUAACUUAAAAAGAAAAGUGAAGAGUUUAAAAGUAUCAAGAACAACACUGUACAAUUAGGAAAUUUAUGUUCUGUGAAAUAAUUGGAUUUAAUUAACAUAACGGCAGCAGGCUCAUCAACCAAAGUGCAAGAUGUCAAUUUAAAGUGUGCAUGUCCAGUGUGCUUUUCAUGAUGAGGACUUGUUGGCUAUAAAGGAAUGGUUACACACAGUGAUCAGUCAACAAAUUUGUCAAUGUAGACAUUUUAUGGAGCAGUAGGUUAUCUGCUACAGUCAGGUACCAAAUAUACAACCAAUUUAAAUUAUAAAACUACAUAAUAUACUAGAAAUUCUGUAGUGAUAUCUAAACAAAAAUAAUAAGCUCAAAAAUUAAAGCAAACCAGUGUACAAGUUGCUGCGCUAUUUACAGUAAUGCAGGCAGCA